AUGGUGGGAUUACGGACACUCGAGCGAACCGCUGUCUUCGCAUGGUCGAAGGGGAGCGGGACGCCUCUACUGGCUACUGGUACGAAAGUGGGAGCAGUCAACGACGACUUCUCUAGCGAAGUCCUUCUGGAGUUGUGGGACUUGGAACUGCAGAAGCAAGAGCGGGAUGCAGAACCGAAGAAGCUGUGCGCAAUCACUGUGGACUCUGGUUUCAAUGAUCUCGCCUGGAGCGAGCCGGAUGACGACCAUCCGCUUGGAGUCCUCGCUGGGGCUCUUGAGAAUGGUUCGGUAGACCUGUGGGACGCAGAGAGGGCGCGCAGCGGCAGCAAAGAUGCCUUCAUCUCACGAACAACGAAGCACUCUGGUCCUGCGAAAGCGCUGCAAUGGAACCCAUACCGGCACAACCUUCUCGCAUCCGUGGGAUCCAAGGGCGAGAUCUUCAUCUACGACUUGAACAACAUGGCCAAUCCUUUCAGGCUGGGAGCAACAGCUGCAAGAGCGGACGACAUUGAUUGUCUGGAUUGGAACAAGUCGGAAAAGACUGCGCACAUUCUAGCUACUGGAAGUAGUGGGGGCUCUGUCACAGUGUGGGAUGUGAAGCAAAAGAAGGACGUCUUGACCCUGAGCAACCAAGGGAGGAAGGCGGUCAGCGCGGUGGCAUGGGACCCUGAGCAAAGCACGACUCUGGCAACUGCGACAUCGAACGAUCAAGAGCCGUUGAUUCUGAUCUGGAGUUUAAGGAACAGCAGCGCGCCAGAGCGGACGCUGAGGGGCCAUGAGCUAGGCGUUCUUGGCUUAUCGUGGUGUCAGCAGGAUUCAGACCUGCUGCUGUCGUGUGGAAAGGAUAACAGGACGAUUUGCUGGAAUGCGAAGACGAGCGAGAAGUUGGGAGACUUCGCAGCAGGCUCGAAUUGGGCGUUCCAGACGAGGUGGAAUCCACACAAUCCAAGCUUGAUUGCAAGCGCUUCCUUCGACGGCAAGAUCCUCGUUACCUCAUCCCAAAGCACAAACCCGAAGAAGGAGGAUCAAUCGCAGGCGAACCAGGCCCUGGAUGGCGAGGACUUCUUUGCAAAAGCACAAACUCAGCCUCAAGGUAUCACAUUCUCUUUGUCCAAGGCUCCAAAAUGGACCGCAAAACCGGCCAGCGUCUCUUUCGGGUUCGGUGGCAAGCUCGUUCGAGUUGGUCUGGACCCUUCGUCGAAGCGAAGCAAGGUUGCGAUCGAGUCAUUCGCUGUGGAUACAUCGAUAGGCGACGCUGCUGAGAAGUUCGAGGACAAGCUGAAGGGAGGCGACAUGGAGAGCGUAUGCGCCAGCAAGAUUGAUGACGCCAAGACAGACGAAGAAAGGGCGGAUUGGCAGGUCAUUGAGACGUUGAAUGCUGGCAAGUCGAGGCAGAAGCUGAGACAGUACCUUGGGUUCGAGGACGACAGUCUUUCCAAGGAUACAGAGAAGCUGGACAUCAAUGGCGACAAAGGCGCGAAGCCGGAAGGCAGUGAUGACGACUUCUUCGGUAACGGCGAGGAUGGCGACAACUUCCUUGUGAACCUUGCGGCUACGAAAGGCGCAAAGACGAACAACCCAUUCAGCCUCUAUACCGGAUCGGAGUCCGAGGCGGACAAAGACAUCACGCAGGCUCUUAUGCUCGGUCAGUUCGAGAGUGCGCUCGACGUGUGUCUUCGAGAGGAUCGUAUCUCCGACGCCUUCAUGAUUGCGGUAUGUGGCGGACAGAAGUGUAUCGACAAAGCACAGAGUGCGUAUCUCAGAAAGCAGGCCAAGGGGCCGAGCUAUCUACGAUUGCUGGCAAGCAUUGUGGGCAAGAACCUGUGGGAUGUCGUACACAAUGCAGAUCUGCAGAACUGGAAGGAAGUCAUGGCCACGCUAUGUACAUACGCAGACGAGACCGAGUUCUCUGACCUGUGCGAGGCGCUGGGUGACAGAUUGGAGGAGGCAUAUCAAGACGGCGAGGGCGAGAAGGUUCGAAGACGGGACGCUACCUUCUGUUACCUUGCGGGCUCCAAAUUGGAGAAGGUUAUCGGCAACUGGAUCCAAGAGCUGCGAGAAGAGGAACAAUCUGCGCUGGCCGCUGAUCAGGAAGAGAGUGACUUUUCGGUGCACGCCAAAUGCCUGCAGGGCUUUGUGGAGAAAGUGUCCGUCUUCCGCAAGGUCACGAACUUCAAGGACCCGGACAUGCAAGCAUCGGAGAGUUGGAGGCUGUCAGAGCUUUAUCGUCUGUAUGGCGAAUACGCAGACAUACUUGCGUCUUCAGGACAGUUGGCGGUCGCAGAGUCUUAUCUGAGCCUCCUCCCAAGCAAGUAUGAGGGUGCGGAAGCCGCGCAGACAAGAGUCAGGCAGGCUACUCGGAAGGCUGCACCAGCUGCAGUUCAAUCACGACAAGCACCAAGUGCGCAGAAGCCCGGUGCUCGGGUUCAGCCGGUCAUGCAGCCUUCUGCCCCAGCACAGCAGCCUUUGGUCAAUCAGGCAAGAAACUCUACGCCAGGCCCUUAUGCUCCACCAAAUGCUCCUAACGCUCAAGCACCUUAUGGCCAGCCUUCACAACCACCCGCGCCAGGGCCCUACGCUCCUGCCAGCAACACUUAUGCCCCUGCUGGCUAUCAGCCUCCCCAACCCUCUAACCCUUACGGACAGCAGCCUGGCAUGUACGGUGGAUACCAGCCCCCGCAACAGACACCGCUCCCUCCGCCACCUCGAGGCAGCACAUCGUCGCCAUCUGUGCCUCCUGCCGCAGCCGCGAAGAGUAUGACAAACUGGAAUGAUAUGCCUGAUAACUUCUUCAAAGAAAAGGCAACUUCACGACGUGGCACACCAGGUCCACAGCCCGUCUCCUCGCCCUUCCCAAAUGCGACAGGUCAGAUCGGAUCGCCUCCGCCACCUGGACCGCCUAUGUAUGGCCAGCAACAGCGAAGUGCAUCGCCAUUGCCGCCUCCGCCAAGAGCCGGUGAAGCUCCACGGGUCACAUCUCCUCCAGCUACUGGCUUCCCGCAGCAGCAGCAACAGCGGCCAUCAUCCUCAGCGGCCAACGCAUACGCGCCGCCACAAAACUACCAGUCACAACCGCCUACUGGCUCCACCCUGCCUACACCUGGCCCUCCGCCGAUUCAGCGUGGCGCGUCCCCUUACCAGCCACCACCUUCGACCUCGUCAGCCGCUCCAUCAAACCGAUAUGCGCCAGUGCCUGGCAGUCAGCCCUCGAUGGCUCCAGGAGCACCACCGCCACAGCGGCAGGUUGCGCCCAACCCUUACGCAGCGCAACAGCCACCUUCCCAAUCACCCUAUGCGCCGCAGCAAGCGCCUCAGUUCGGUCAACCCAGUCAAGGCGGACCGCCACCUCCCCCAUCGAAGUCUACCGGUCCUCCGCCACAAGGACCUCCGAGAUCACAGCCACCCACAGGCCCGCCACCCUCAGGGCCACCUCGUAAUGCCGUCGCCUCGCCCACCUCACAACAGUCCCAGCUCCCCCAAACCGCAGCAGACCAACCGGUAGCUUCACCACCACCAACAGCAGCGAAGCCCAAAUACCCACGCGGCGACCGCUCGCACAUCCCUCCCUCCGCCCAACCAAUCGUCGACCUCCUCUCCCCCGAGAUCGCACGCAUCAAAUCCUCAGCACCUCAGCAGUAUAAGCCACAAGUCGACGAUAUGGAGAAGCGGCUCAACAUCCUCUUCGACCACCUCAACAACGAGGACCUGCUUAGUGAAAGCACGGUGCAGGAGAUGAUUGGGAUAGCGCAGGCUGUUUCCGCGAGGGAUUGGGAUAGGGCGUUGGGGUUGUUUAAUGAGAUGCAGGCGGCGAAGUCGGCGACGGAGGGGACGAAUUGGAUGGUUGGAGUUAAACGACUCAUCAAUUUUGGGAAGGUGUCGAAAGCUUAG